CUUGGUGGUGGGCUUGGUGGUGGUGGUGGUGGCGGCAGGGGGGAGGAGAUCUCAACGCAGUCUCCCGUUGUGGCGCUCCGCGGUGGAGGAAGCCACGACCGGUUGGUUGGUUGUUUGGUUGGUUGUUUGGUUGUUUGGUUGUUUGGUUGCGUCUCCCGCACAGCCACAGAACGAGAGGCGACGGCAAUGGAGACGCUGGAACCCCACGGCCUCGACGCCGAAGGAACUGAAACCCUUCCUGCUGCGUCUGAUGCAGCAAAUGGUACUGACAGAACUGAAACCCUUCCUGGUGUGUCCGAUGCUGAAAUUGCGGCCGAAAGAAAGCGAGACUGGAGGAAUUUUGCUGGAUUUUGGAUCUUGGGUCUCACCAACAACUUUGCAUACGUGGUGAUGUUGAGCGCUGCCCAUGACAUCCUAAAACAGCAGGAAGCAGGGAACAACACGCACACCAACAGCAGCAGCAGCAGCUUCAUGCACGACACAUCACCUGCGACACAUACUGAGAGUUGGGAGCUGAUUUCAUCCAACCGCUUUGACUGCAACCCAAAUUCAACUGCGGUGAUACUCCUGGCGGACAUUUUACCAACACUGCUCAUCAAGAGCACGGCUCCCUUAUUCAUUCACCGUAUUGCCUACAGGUUCCGCGUAGUUAUUUGCGUGCUUACAGCUGCUGCCAGCUUUCUAAUCGUCGCGCUAUCCAGUGGCGUCAUCAUGAGCAUCAUUGGUGUGACGUUUGCGAGCAUCUCUUCGGGGUUGGGCGAACUCACAUUCUUGAGUCUCACUGCUCACUUCAAGAGCUCUGUCCUGCGGUUCUGGUCCUCGGGCACGGGAGCGGCCGGCUUGGCUGGGUCCCUUUCGUACUUGGGCUUCACCCAGGCCGGACUCAGCCCUAGCGCCACGCUGUUCAUCAUGCUGUUCGUGCCCCCUCUCAUGGCAGCCAGCUACUGGUUGCUGCUGGUUUUCCCACCCGGAUGGAGCCAAAGAGAAUGUGGCAACUCUUGCUCAUUGCGGCCCCCCGCGGCAGAGGAGUCGCAACGGCCACUCUUGGGUGCAGAUUCCGAUGAUCUGACCCCUGACCCCAACAACGAGCACUAUGGUUUGGAAAAUGACAUUCUUUCCUUUAAGGAUAAGUGGCUUAUUGUGAAGAGUUUGCUGAGGUUCACCAUCCCCCUUGCUGUUGUGUACUUUGCCGAGUACUUCAUCAACCAGGGCUUGUUUGAGUUGCUCUAUUUUCCAAACUAUUACCUAAGUCAUGGGGAUCAGUACCGCUGGUACCAGGCCACCUAUCAGUUCGGGGUAUUCAUGUCUCGCUCGUCAGCUCAGUGGGUCCGAAUCUCGCGCACCUGGAUUCUCGCUCUGCUGCAGGUCAUCAACCUCAUCGUGUUUUUCUUCCUCGUCUUCUUCACGGUGCUGCCCACGUUUUGGCUGGCACUGCCCAUUAUCCUGUGGGAGGGGCUGCUCGGAGGGGCGGCCUAUGUCAACACGUUCCUCAACAUCAGUGCAGAGAGGGAUAAGCGUCGCCGUGAGUUCUCGCUGGGCGUGGCGAGCGUGGCGGACACGCUGGGCAUCGCCUUGUCGGGCGCCACCGCCAUUCCUCUCCACGACUACCUGUGUGCCCUCUGACCCCUCACUUCAUUGGCUCUAAGAGUGCAAUCUUCAGGGACCAUGACGCAUCACCCUGCAAUAUACCAGCAUCAAUGACUGACAGAACAAGCACUAACAACAUUGCACAACCACAACACCACUAUCUCCACCACCUUUACUGGCCUCAGAACCCUCACGGUACACAACAUGGCCACCACCGCCUCAUCAUAACAUCAUUGCCACACAGUAAAAACUCUGAAAGCUCAAUUAGGGGGAGAUCCUUUCUGGUGAUGGUGGUUGAUGUCACGCAUCCUGUAAUUAAUGUGUAACACUUAAAUGUACCUUACGUUUAACUAGUAUAUGAUCGCAAACAACUGUUACUAAAUUUUAAUAUAUAGAUAUACUGCAAAUAUAACUGCAGUUGAAUCUGUGUUGCUUGCCACCAUACAGAGAGACAGAUGGCUCAGUAGUGUUUAUUAUGGGCUUCACGAAAUCGGCAAUCUUCUUCCAGUAAGUACUAUGCAGUCGUCAUCAGCCAUUAUCUAUCCACAGCUAGAUGAAGGCCUCCCCAUGCCAUCGCCAUUCUUCCCGUUCCACUGUGCUAUUACCAUGCGGUGGUCAUCCUCUUAGACGUGACUGCCAUCCCUUCAGCAGUCUCGUCCAUCAGCCAUCAUUCCGUCUCGCCCCGUGUCCUCUAAGUAUGAUUUGUGUUCGUUCCCUGAUCCAUGUGUUCUGUUUUCUGUCUCGGUGUAAUUCCAAUCAUGCAUCUCUCCAUGCCUCUGUUCAAUGUUCAAAUUUUGUUUCAGUUUCUUUGUCAGUUUCCUUGCUUCUGAUGCGUGUGUCACAGCUGGCAGUAUGCACUGAUUGAAAUCUCUCUUCCUCGGACACUUUGGUACGCUUCAUUCCAUUGAUGUGGAACUUUCGAAAGGCACUUUCCAUUCUGUUUACUAAUAAAUGCACUGGAUAGUAAUAUUUAUUUGAACAAAAAUAUUAAUGUUCUUACAUUAAUUUUCCAAAAACAUAUAUACAAAAUAUACUGUAAAACAAUGCUUAAUUGUAAAAAAAACAUGUACAGAAAAUUAGAAAAUGGAUAAAUGAGUGUGCAAGGUUAUCACUAGUAGAUCACGUGUUCACUCGCGAGCCUUUCACGUGAUCUGCAGCCUGUGAUCUUGGCUCAGUCACUUUUGGGUAUCUUCAAAGCAAAUUAAAUACAUGUAUUCAAUUAGUUGACAACUUAGGAUUUAAUUUAUGCAGAACGCUGUAUGCUGAGCACAGCUUACCAUAGGAAGAGUGUUCCUUGUGGAGAUUAUUUUUUUUCAGGGAGCAUCUACGGCUUUACUCUGUCCAGAGGUUGUACUAAACAAGUAAACAACGCAACUGCACCACCAACAGCAUAUAUGCCAACACCUUCAACAUCAACAAUCAUGAUCACAUUCACUGCCAACUAACACCUUGAACUGAACUGUCAACACCACAAAUGCCUUUUUGGAAUUCCCUUGCUUUUUCUAAUUUGACUUGAUUAGUUGAAUAAAGCCAUUGCUCUAUUCGAUUCUGAGAUAAAAUAUUUAAAGUGCAAUGUACAUAUAAAAGUAGUAAUCGUCACUGUUUUAGUCCCUAAUGUGUCCCAGUGCUACUGUCAUUAACGAUGACCACAAAUGCAUUUUGGAAUGUCCUUUUUAUAAUUUUACUUAGUUAAAUAAAGCCAUUGCUGUAUUCGACUCAAGAGAGAAAAUAUUUUAAAGUACAAUGUAAAUAUAAAAUGAGGAGUAAUCGUUGUUGCGUUAGUUGGCUAAUGUGUCCCAGUGCAAUUGUUAUUAACAAACAGGGUGCUGUUCUCGUCUGACGAACAAUCGCACACGUGAUUGCUUGAAAUAUAGCUGUGAUGACAAAAUGAUAACUGAAGAGACGUUUGUUUUAUUUGCCUGUCGCCAUCACUAACGAUUACAUACAUGUAAACCGAUCAUGAUCACUGUUAAGCGGCCCUUGUUCACAUAGGAUAGAUGCCAUGCUGGAUGUGGGGGCGUGUAAUUGAAGUGGCGAAACAUGCCUCCAAGUUGUGUUUUUUUUUUAACAAACUCGUGAGAUGCUAAUGGCAGCACUUCCUCGUAGGAUAAACGUACGUUAUUAGUUAUGGGGUGUACAUAUAUUUUCUCCUGGAGUUGUGCCAUGGCAAUUCUGGUCACAUGCAUUUCAUCUGGGAACUACAUUUUUCAAAGUUUUCUGAGUAUUUUAAAUGUGUUUUUUUUAUUCUAUCGAGUAUCCUCAACUAUGAGUGACUGCCGAUGACAGAUGCUUUCCACCUUUGGCGAUCUGCAGCAUCUCUUGGAUUUCAAGUUCCAGGGACCAAGAAGAAAUUGCAGCCUCAGCCAAGAGAGCUCAUUAAUAUUCAUGAAGUUGCAUUGUGACAAUGGUUAAUGCUCUCAUUGUAUUCACAAUGGUGCAUGUCGUGAAUAUUAAUAAAUCACCUGAUAUCCAAAGAUCACUGUGCUCUAUAGGUGCUUGAGACGUGGAGCCAAUAUAAUGGUGAGUCAAGGUUCUUACGGUUUAAUAUACGCUCAAGAUUUAAAAAAGCCAUAAUAAGCCAUAGGUAGUAUUUGGCUUAAUUUACCACACCCAAGAUUUAAAUAGCCAUACGAAAACAUUUACAAUUCCUAGGUUUAUUUUGAAGUGUCAGAGAUUACAACAACAAAAGAUGAUAUUCAGAACCCUGCUCGGAUAGAAGGAAUAUCCGGUGACAUCGUAUGCGGCCGCCUUGUUAAUAAUAUUGAAUGAUUUGUGUAAAAUGUAAGAAGUGAUGUAAUUGAAUCUUGAUAAACACAUGAAUCCUGAUGUAGAGACGGCUGAUAGCAGGUGAUUGUUCCACUUUAGAGUGGUCUCUGAUUGGAUCUCAGGUUCUUCCUGAAAUGGGAGGCUUGAGACUUGGCGAUAAGCAAUGAAAUCAUGACUUCCGGUUCACGCAUAUUAAAAUGUUAGAAAAACGUAAUAUUUUCCAAUUUACACUUUAGGUUAAUUCAUAGAAAUAUACUUAUGUUUAUAUCGUUUAUAUGGUCUGCCCUUGUAUACAUAAACAGCAUGUACAUAACAUGGCAUAAAUGCAUUUACUGUACUGUGCAUUAUACAUGGGGCUUCUUGAUUUUUGGUGUCAAUUAUAUUAUUGGUGUGAAUUUUUUUUCCCCCCACUCCAAUAAUUUGGGUUUCAGUGCUUUCACUUUUUAAUGCACUGUAAUGGGUUCCGCAUUUGAGCUUUUAAAGAAGCCAGUGAUAAUAAAAAUGCAUUGAAAAUAAAGUUACGAUUUUAUGACGAGAAA